GGCAGGCUGAGAUUUAACCAGAGAUGGGCUCCUUUUACAAGAUUGCUUAUAUAAAGCGAAGAUAAGAGCAGCUGGGUUCAUUUGCAAGAGGACAUCUUGGGAAGAGCUGACAACGCAGCUACUGGAAUAAGACCGCAAUGAAAAGCUGAAAUACUUAAUUCCUUCCUCUCUUUUUUAAAGACAAUUUUAGCUUUUAUUCCCUGUGUCCUCAGAUCAUUGCAAGAAAUGGUGCCUGUUACUAUUUAUCUGCUGGUCAUCUUGGCUCAAGCUCUUGCAGGACCCUGCAUUCCAAAUAAAGCAGAUGUAAUUCUGGUAUACUGCUACCCUAGAACCAUCAUUACAAAAAUUCCAGAGUGUCCUUAUGGGUGGGAGGUUAAUCAGCUGGCACUUGGAGGCAUUUGCUACAAUGGGAUCCACGAUUCAGGAUAUUACCAAUUCACAAUCCCAGACCUGUCACCUAAAAAUAAAUCGUACUGCGGGACACAGUCAGAGUUUAAGAACCCCGUUUAUCACUUCUACAACUCCAUUGUCUCCAAUGACACCUCAGUGAUUGUGAAGAGCCAGCCUGUGAAUUACUCAUUCACCUGCACAUACAAUGCCAACUACCUGGUGAACCAGGCUGCCUUUGACCAAAGGGUGGCCACCGUCCACGUGAAGAAUGGGAGCUCUGGCUCGUUUGAAAGUCAGCUAUCCCUCAACUUCUACUCUAAUGCCAAGUUUUCAAGCAUAAAAGAAGCCCCUUUUGUCGUUGAAACAUCAGAAAUUGGUUCUGACAUAUUUGCUGGAGUGGAAGCUAAGGGCUUAAGUGACAGGUUCAAGGUCGUUCUCAACAACUGCUGGGCAACUCCCUCCUCGGAGUACUUCUACCAGAUCCACUGGCCUCUCAUCACCAAGGGGUGUGCCACAGACAACUCCAUUCUUGUGCAUGAGAAUGGGAAGACAAGCCGGGCAACCUUCCAGUUUAAUGCUUUCCGCUUCCAAAACAUCCCCAAGCUGUCCAAGGUCUGGCUGCACUGCGAAACGCACGUCUGUGACAGUGAGAAGUUCUCCUGCCCAGUGACAUGUGACAAACGAAAACAGCGCAUGGAACAAACCGGAGGUGUUUUGGUGGCAGAGAUCUCUGUCCGCAGCAAAGGUUUAUCCAGAUUUUACACACUCUCAGAUAUCAUCUUCCAUCUCCUCUUCACGAUUGGAUUUUGUGCUGCUUUAUUAUAAAAAGCAGCUUAGCUGAGUUUCUUAACUUUUCCCAAUUCUGUUUGGACCUGGACUUCUUUACUGAAGAUGUCUAUUUUACAGAGAAGAAAUUAAACUCACAAAAAAUCCUUGUGCACCAUUUCACCAGACAAAUAAACCAUUCCAUUAGCUUUGUGCCUCUAGUAUCAGAGAACCCCAAAGCUGUUUCACCUC